AAACAACAACCCAGAAAUACUUAAGUGUUAACAUGUCCAAUCUGUAACGUUCGUGUAAAAAAAUUUCUCUUUGUUUUUAUUUUAAAAUAUCUUGUCGUUUUGUUGUUUAUUGUCAGAAAGCGCGUCCUCGUGGCUUCCCGUAAAAACGUUUUCUAAAAGAGGCCAAAAUAAUGGCGAAGGCAAAUAAAAGCGAGAACAGGUUGAAAGCGUCCACAGAGACAAAUAAGAGCGCUAAAAAGAAAAAGAAGCGCUGGAUGAAAGAGAAACUUAAGAAGAAAAAGUUUCCAUCUGAGAAACGGACAGAGGUUAAAAGUCAGCAAGUUCAACCUCCAGCUAACCCCCAGCUUUUCUCUGCAAACUGGAAAACCUUACAGCAGAUAUUAAAUGCCAGUCAAGCAGUGAAGACGCAGCCUGUGACCCAGAAGCCUCAGAAUGGUGUUCUGAAAAAAGUGGAGCCCAAAGAGAAGGCUUCUAAAAAUGUAACUACGAACAGCACCUGUCCCGCUCAGGCAGAUUUUGGAAAAACAAAGAAGCAAACAGCUGCUUCGAAAAAUGUAAUUUCCAAGGACUCCAAAAUAAGUGUGAAAGAUCCAAAUUUUUCAGAAGAACCAAAGUCUACUGCUCCAAAAAGAAAAAAGGACAGAAGGAAGGUCUCGAACAGUGAGCAAAAUGUCAAGAAAAAGAAAUUAGCUCCAGAAGAGGCCAAAACAACAGAAGAAGAUAUUUGGUUUGAUGAUGUAGAUCCGGACGACAUCGAGGCCACAGUGGGAGCAGAGGCAGCAGAUGUAAUGAGAAAAAAACAGGGAAUUGUGAAGAAGUCCUCCCAGGAUGUUGAGAGAGACCUGGUCAAGGACAAAGCCUUUGAGGGCCUCACCAGAACCGUGGCCAUGGACUGUGAGAUGGUGGGUGUGGGUCCGGGUGGAGAGGAAAGCAUCUUGGCGCGCGUGUCCAUCGUCAACCAGUUUGGAAAAUGUGUCUACGACAAAUAUGUGAAGCCCACAGAGAAGGUGACCGACUACCGGACCGCAGUCAGCGGUAUCCGACCAGAGGACAUCGAACACGGAGAGGAUGUGAAGAUGGUGCAGCAGGAGGUUGCAGAGAUUCUUCAGGGGAGAAUAUUGGUGGGACACGCGAUACACAAUGACUUAAAGAUUUUAGUCCUGUCUCAUCCCAAAAAGAAGAUCCGAGACACUCAGAAAUAUAAACCCUUUAAGAAGACUGUAAAGAAUAACCGACCCUCACUGAAACUCCUCUGUAAAGAAAUACUCAACGUAAAGGUCCAGCAGGGGGAGCACUCUUCUGUCCAAGACGCACAGGCGACCAUGAGGCUGUACACACUGGUGAAAAAACAGUGGGAAGCCGAGAUUAAAGGACAGCCGAGGAACAAGGAAGCAAACAAGAAGAGUGAAUAAAAGCCCAGAUUCCCUAAAAAUAAAGGGAAGGGUGUCAUAGGACUAUAAAU